AUGAAUUUCGUGCUUGCGGUAUUUGCAAUUAUUGUUUUGCAAACCGCCCAGGGUGAAAUAGACAAUGCGAUUAUUGGCGAUCCAUCUGUAGAAUGUGGUGAUGACUUUUUUGAGGUCAAAUUCGACACUCGUACCACAUUCCACGGCAUCGCGUUCGUUCAAAACCACCUUGACAAUCCGGACUGCCGAACGUUCGCCAGAAAAGACGAAUCCGCAAAGAACAGCAGUCUUCGGCUGACUUUCGAUCAGUGCGCAAUUGAGAAAAGACAUUCGACAUCUCCACGCGGUUUGUUCCUUUACACAAAUGUCGUGGUGGCAUUCAAUCCGGAAUUCCUCACCAAAAACGAUCGCGUGUUCAAGGUGCAGUGUUUCUACAUGGAGAUGGAGAGACGUAUCCAAAAGGAGAUUCAGAUUUCUAUGCCUCCACCGACUAUGCACUCCAAGCAGCUUAACAUGCCCGUCUGCAAAUAUGAGGUGUUGGAUGGAUCGCCAACUGGCCCACCUGUUUAUUUUGCAACUGUCGGUCAGAUGGUUUAUCACAAAUGGACAUGCGAUACGGAGCACGAAAACACGUUUUGUAUGCUUGUACACUCUUGUUUCGUUGAUGAUGGGAAUGGUCAGCGGGUUCAGCUUUUGAAUGAGAAGGGAUGUGCCCUUGACAAGUAUCUCCUGACCAAUCUUGAAUAUCCCACCGACCUGAUGGCAGGACGCGAAGCCCACGUGUACAAAUACGCCGACCGUGACAACAUGUAUUUCGAUUGUCAAAUAUCAAUAACAGUCAAAGAACCGGGCCUUGACUAUUGUGAUGUACCAUCCUGUCCGGAUCCACCUAGAAGGCGAAGAUCCAGCAAUAUAGCAGCAGAGAACACAACAAUGACAGCUCAAAUUGAUUAUGAAGAUACCGAGAUCGUGAGCGACUACAUCAUCCCGAACGAUGACAUUAUCUCGUUAAAUUGGAUUCAGAGAAAUUUUGAUAUGAGAAUCAGUGAGCUGUGUAUGACCGCAAUGGGAACUACCGUACUCGUCUUCCUCAACGCAUUCCUUUUCAUCGUUUCACUGGUUUUCAUCAUGCAUGUAUGCUGCUUCCGAAGCUCCACAAAACUUGACAAUAUACAAUCCACAAUGUUAUAA